UGCUACUUCCGGUAUUGCGUGGAAGGGAGGAAAAAGUUACACGUUUGAUGAAAAGUUCUGUUUUGUUUUUUGUUGUCGAUCACUAAUUUUUCGUCAUAACAAAUAAUAUUUUGGAUUACGAAAAAAUCAGCAAGAAAACAUAUCUGCAGUGCAUUCGCAACAAUAUAAAUGAUGAGUAUGUCUGCGAACAGCUUGUCGUAUAAUGAUCAAGGAGGAGCGGAUUCUGCUAUUGAAGUUGGGCAGGAGACUACUCCAACCUCUUCUACGACUGGCUCCGGUGCAGGAUUUGGCCUCUUCAGUUCUGAUUUUAAAAAGAAUGACGACCUCAAAGAAAUGCUGGAAAGCAACAAGGAGUCCCUCAAACUGGAGGCGAUGAAAAGGAUUGUCGGGCUGAUCGCCAAGGGGAAGAACGCGUCGGAACUGUUCCCAGCAGUGGUGAAGAACGUUGCGAGUAAAAACAUUGAGCUGAAGAAGCUUGUCUACGUGUACCUGGUCAGAUAUGCAGAGGAGCAGCAAGACCUGGCCCUCCUGUCAAUUAGCACCUUCCAGCGUGCCCUGAAGGAUCCAAACCAGCUGAUCCGAGCCAGUGCCCUGAGAGUCCUGUCCAGCAUUCGAGUUCCCAUUAUCGUACCCAUCAUGAUGCUGGCCAUCAAGGAGGCCUCCACCGACCUGUCCCCUUACGUGCGCAAGACCGCCGCCCACGCCAUCCAGAAACUCUACAGCCUUGAUCCAGAGCAAAAGGAGCAUUUGAUUGAAGUGAUUGAAAAGCUGCUGAAGGACAAGAGCACCCUGGUGGCCGGGAGCGUGGUGAUGGCCUUCGAGGAGGUGUGUCCCGACCGCAUCGACCUGAUCCACAAGAACUACCGCAAGCUGUGCAACCUGCUGGUGGACGUGGAGGAGUGGGGCCAGGUGGUCAUCAUCAGCAUGCUGACCCGCUACGCCCGCACGCAGUUCCUCAGCCCCUGGCAGGAGGAUGCUGUGUUUGAUGAGAACAGCACGAAUGCCUUCUACGAGUCGGACGAAGAGAAGAAAGACAAAGUGGAUUCCAAGCCCUACGUGAUGGACCCUGACCACCGCCUCCUGCUCAGGAACACCAAACCUCUGCUACAGAGCAGGAACACUGCUGUGGUGAUGUCAGUGGCCCAGCUGUACUGGCACCUUGCCCCGAAGCACGAAGUGAGCGUCAUAACCAAGUCUCUAGUGAGGCUACUGAGGAGCCACAGGGAGGUGCAGUACAUUGUGUUGCAGAACAUUGCCACCAUGUCCAUCCAGAGAAAGGGCAUGUUUGAGCCAUAUCUGAAGAGCUUCUAUGUGAGAUCUACAGAUGCUACUCAUAUCAAGACCUUGAAGCUGGAGAUCCUGACCAACCUGGCCAAUGAGGCGAACAUCUCCACCAUCCUGCGUGAGUUCCAGACCUACGUUAAAAGCCAGGACAAGGCCUUCGCCGCCGCGACCAUUCAGGCCAUCGGCAGGUGUGCGACGAACAUCUCUGAAGUCACGGACACCUGCCUGAAUGGCCUGGUGCUCCUGCUGUCCAACAGAGACGAGACUGUGGUUGCAGAGAGCGUGGUGGUGAUCAAGAAGCUUCUUCAAACUCAGCCAUCUCAGCACAGCGAGAUCAUCAAACACAUGGCCAAGCUCUUCGACAAUAUCACUGUUCCAAUGGCCAGAGCCAGCAUCCUGUGGCUGAUCGGAGAGUACUGCGAACGGGUCCCAAAAAUUGCCCCCGACGUCUUGAGAAAGAUGGCCAAGAGCUUCACGUCUGAGGAAGACCUCGUCAAGCUGCAGACCGUCAACCUGGCUGCCAAACUGUACCUCACCAACUCCAAGCAGACGAAAUUGCUUACGCAGUACAUAUUGAACCUGGGCAAGUACGAUCAGAACUAUGACAUCAGGGACCGCACCCGGUUCAUCAGGCAGCUGAUUGUGCCCAGUGAGAAGAGUGGCGCUCUCAGUAAGUACGCCAAGAGGAUCCUCCUGGCCCCCAAGCCCGCGCCGGUGCUGCAGUCCGCCUUCAAAGACCGGGAUCGCUACCAGCUGGGCACUCUGUCCCACACCCUCAACACCAAGGCCACCGGCUACCUGGAGCUGUCCGACUGGCCCGCGGCCGCUCCCGACCAGUCCGUGAGGAACGUGGAGGUGAUCGAGCCGGUGAAAGAGUGGACGCCCGUGCAGGGAAAGACAAAGCCCAAAAAGACCGACGAGAAGUUCUACUCAGACUCGGGAGAGGAGGAGGAAGCCGAGGAGGAAGAGGCAUCGGGGAGCAGCAGCAGCAGCGGCGACGAGGAGAGCAGCAGCGACAGCAGCAGCAGCAGCAGCAGCAGCAGUGAAGGUACAGAGUCUGGCAGCGAGGAGGACAGUGAGGAGAAGAGCAGCAGUAAAGGCAGCAGGAGCAGUGAAGACUCGGAGAAAAGCUCGAGUCACUCCACCUCUGUCAAAAAGAAGAAACGACUCCAGAAAAAAAAGCCCAAACCAGCAUCCAGAGACAGCGAUUCCGGCGACGACAAGAAGAAAGGAGCCAAGCCCAAAGCGGGCAGCGUGUCCUCGCAGUCCCAGGCCGCCUCCUCGGCCGACAGCUCGGAGUCCAGCGCGGAGUCGGAGGCAGACACCGGGUCCGACUCGGGCACCGAACAGAAGAAGCAGCAGAAGUCCAAGCCCAAGGUGAGAACGGUGGAAGAAAAGCCAAAGAAAGAAGUGUCUUUGCUGGAUCUUGAUGACUUUGCUGCACCAGUGACCCCUGCCAUUCCCGCGUCUUCCAUCCUCUCUCCGAGCUUACUUGGCGAUCUGGAGGGCCUGUCUCUGUCCAAUGUCUGUUCCACCAUAGAGGUCAGCACUCCGGUGUUUGUGCCGGCGAAGUCUCACGAACUGCUCCACCGGAUGAGCGGGAAGGGGCUGGCGGCACAGUACCACUUCCCCCGGCAGCCCUGCAUCUACAGCCCCAGCAUGGUGUCUGUGCAGAUCACCCUCACCAACAGCAGCGACCACAAGCUGGAGGAGAUCCACAUAGGGGACACCGGCCCCCCGGGGCUCAAUAUCCAUGGCUUCAGCAGCAUAGAUUGCCUGGAGCCAGCUGCCUCCAUCACUGUGUCCAUGGGUAUCGACUUCAAUGAUUCCACUCAAGCAGCAAACUUUCAGCUUUGCACAAAGACUGACCAGUUCAGCGUGUCCAUCCAGCCAGCGGUGGGAGAGCUCUUUCUGCCGGUCACGAUGACGGAACAGGACUUCCUCAAGGAGCAAGGAAAGCUGGCGGGGAUGAAUGAGAGCUCUGCGACCGUUACCAUGGCACCAGAGAAUGCAUCCAGCCAACCAAUUGGCACGAAAGUGGUGUCUGUGGCCAACAUGGGUGUGGUCCCCUCUGGUCAGGACAAUAUACUCAGGUUCGCCGCCAGGACGACCAGCAGCGGCGCCCUGGUGCUGGCCACGGCCGAGCUGAAGGAGGGGGCGGCGGCGGCCCUGCUCACCGUCAACACGGAGAAGACGGUCAUGGGGUCCAUGCUGCUGCGCGAGCUGAAGACCGCCCUGUCCCAGGGGUAGAGCGCCCCCCUCCAGCCGCACCGCGCCACAAACACCUGAGCGCGUCAGACCCGCCAUCUGGCGCCGCCCCCGCUGAGGGAAGAGAGAGAGAGAGAGGACACGGCUAAACAGUACUCUGUGUCCCCAUCCCACACAUAUACUCACACACGCACACACAUAUGCAUACAAACACACAAACAAAUGCACACACACAACGACACACACGUGCACAGCCAUACACAUACACACACACGUACACAACCACACACGCACGCACACACACACCCAACGUCUUGUUGCCUAGAUUGAAAUUCAAUGUUUUAUUCCAGAAAGAAAUAAUGGUUCUUGCAUUUCCUCGCUCACAGACACCUACUGUAAUCCUUGGCUAAACCCAGCAGUGCUGGAGGAGUUCAGCCUUAGUGGUCUGUGCUGUAGUGCCAACAGGAACCCUUGUAGCACUUCUUCCUCCAUUAUAGUUUUUGUGAUACAGCUGAUCUGAAAAACUGUACUAAGAGAAACUUGCUUUUAGAAAACUUUCAUGCCAAAGGGUUUUUUUCCCCAGACCAGAAUAAGCCUUGCUAUUUCCAUUUAAAUUUACAUGUCAGGUAGGCCACUAAGGUUGUCCCAGUAAGUUUUCUACUCCUGUCAUUUAAAAGAAGGGUCUUCUCUGGACUGCCCAUUUCACUUUGUUCAAAAUGAAGAAAUACAAGUGCCUUUUUUUUGCUAAUGAAGAAAAAAGUGUUUUUAAACCGCCAAAAAAAAGAAAGGUAUGCGUUGAUCGGUGAGUUCUGUGCCACUUCUGUGUAAAAAUAAGACUCAAUUUAUUAAAAUGGGAAAAUAAA